GGCAGAAAGUUUCAGCGCUUAGUGUCGUGUCCCGAAGAGGCUUCCGUAGUUGUUGCCGGAAUGGUGGAGAAAAAGACAUCAGCACGAUCUCAGGAAGCAAGUCAACGGCGGAUCCUUGACUGUGCCACUCGGCAGCGUCGCUUGAAUCGUCAGCUUGAGGCUUUAGAGAAAGACAAUUUUCAGGAUGAUCCACAUGCCAACCUGCCACAACUGGUCAAGAGGCUGCCACAGUUUGAUGACAACAAUGAAUCAAGUAAAAAGAGGAAGAAGACUCGAGGAGAUCAUUUUAAGUUAAGGUUUCGUAAAAACUUUCAAGCACUUUUGGAAGAGCAGAAUUUAAGUGUCAGUGAAGGACCUAACUAUUUGACUGCCUGUGCCCCUCCAUCCAAACUACCCCAGAGACACUUCUGUGCAGUGUGUGGUUUCCCUUCCAAUUAUACGUGUGUAUCAUGUGGAGCACGUUACUGUUGUGUCAAGUGUUUGGGCACCCAUCAGGAGACAAGGUGCCUCAAAUGGACAGUCUGAUUUUAUUUCUGCAAUCUCUGGAUUUGAUUUGCCUAAUAAAGGCACUUUGGUCUGA